ACUUUUGGCGGUAUCAUUCACGUUUCAGAUUCCCGUUUCACCGGUUCGGUUGUUGAACGCCAAUGAAGGAGCAAGGUAGAAUUGUGCGCAUUGGAGAGCAUAAAAGUAAACGUGCCGUUGUUAGCAUUCUACAAUCUUUUAUCUCUUGUCCGCACAAUAAUUAUAAUGGAAGUUAACGAUUGUAUUUUAACUAAUUCAGAGAAUACAGAUUCCAAAUCCAAGAAUCAUUCAUUGCCCGUGACAGAUGUAUUAAUUGUUCAUGAUGUAAAGUUCAAAAAUAUACCAUUAACUGAAAAGAAAAAACUAAUAGGAAAGAAAAGACGAUAUAAUGAAAUUGAAUCUGAAAAAAGACGACUAGCUGAGGAAGAACAUAAGAAGGAAGUUGAUGAACAGAGAUAUAAACUAUUCAUGCACCUGUUGAACAAAAGUAAAUUUUACUCAUCCUAUAUUUUUACUAAAAUUGAUAAAUCUAUUGAGAAAGAAAAAGCUAUUAGGAAGAAGAAGGAUGAAAAUAUGGACAAGGAAAAUAAAGGACCAUCAAAGAAUAAAAACAAGAAAGCCAAUUUAGAGAAAUGUGACAUAAGAAAAUAUAUACCUGCAAAUAUCAAAGCUAAACCUAAGAAGUUAAACCUAAGUACAGAAGAAAUAGAAGCAGAAUUACAUACUGAAUCAGACAAUGAGAAAAAAGAAUCUACAGAUGUUUCCACUAUUGUACCUAAAUAUUUCUGUGGGGAAUUACGUAAUUAUCAGCUAGAUGGUUUACAGUGGUUGAAGGUACUUUAUGAAAAUGGUUUGAAUGGAAUUUUAGCUGAUGAGAUGGGUCUUGGAAAAACAAUACAAGUAAUAGCUUUGCUAUGUCAUCUGAUAGAGAAGCAACAGGCUGGACCUUACUUGAUAAUCGCACCUCUUUCAACUAUACCAAAUUGGAUGUCAGAAUUUGAAAGAUUUGCUCCUGAUAUACCAGUUGUGUUGUUCCAUGGCCCAAAAGUUGAAAGACCUGCUAUACAUGCCGAAAUUAAACAGAAAUAUGAAGUCAACAACUACAAAACACAGCCUGUUGUAAUCACUACUUUUGAGAUACCAUUACAAGAAAUUAAAUUUCUACAGUCUCAGAGAUGGAGAUAUAUUGUGAUAGACGAGGCGCAAAGGAUCAAGAAUCAUAGAUGUCUCUUACUCAAAACUUUAAAAACAGUACAAUCUAUGAAUAGGCUACUGUUAACUGGAACUCCGCUUCAAAAUAAUUUGGCUGAGCUAUGGUCCCUUUUAAAUUUUCUAUUACCAGAAAUCUUUGAUGACUUAGCUGUAUUCGAAUCAUGGUUCGAUGCAAAGGAAUUUCAAGAACAGGAAAAUACUGAAAAAAUUUUGAAACAGGAAGAAGAGAAACACGUAUUAUCGUCGUUACGCGAGAUUUUAAAACCAUUUAUGUUAAGACGUAUAAAAUCCGAUGUUUGUCUGGAAGUUCCUCCUAAGAAAGAACUAAUUGUUUAUGCACCACUCACGGAACUACAACACGACUUAUAUCAGGCAGUUUUAAGUCGUGACAUAGAAAAAUUACGUAAAAUCAAGAAAAUUGAUGUGAUUUUGCCAACAGUAAAUGGUAAAAGACCUAAAAGGCAAUCCUUUCUAAAAAGUAAAUACGGAUCUUCCAAGGACGAUUCCGAUAACAGUUUUGAAAGUUGGUCUCCGAGUACAGAUAGUUCAAAUAAUAACGAUAGAGAUGAGUACACAACACGAGAUUCUAUAGAUCAGACAGAUCUAUCAAUAUGGAAACAGUAUGCCAAUGUCACAGACCGUAAUUGUGAGUUUUUCGUCAACCUUACCCUUUUAAAUACAAUGGUUAUGUAUAAAAAAAUCGUAAAUCAUCCUUAUUUGGUUCAUUGUCCGUUGGACUCAGUUGGCUUGCCGAAAGUCGAUGAAGACUUGAUCAGAUCCUCUGGCAAACUUUUAGUAUUAGAUGCGAUGUUGGCAAAAUUAAAGGCACAGGGACACAAAGUUCUCUUAUUCUCGACGAUGGUUAUGAUUUUGAACAUGAUUGAACAUUAUCUUUCGCUACGAGAAUAUCAAUACGUCAGACUAGACGGCAGCGAUAAAAUCGAAACAAGACAGAAGAACAUUAAUAUUUUUAAUAACAACAAAGAUAUGUUUUUGUUCCUUAUAUCGACUAGAGCAGGUGGAGUUGGACUGAAUCUAGCAGCUGCCGAUACCGUAAUUAUAUAUGACUGCGAUUGGAAUCCACAAGUGGAUAUUCAAGCUAUGGCACGAUGUCACAGGAUAGGACAAUCGCGACCCGUAGUUAUCUACAAACUAUGCACUAAAGGAACAAUCGAUGAAGCAAUUAUGAAGCGUGCUGAAAGUAAACGUCUUUUGGAAAAAGUUGUCAUUUCAGAAAAGUGGAAUGGAAAACACUUAAACGCAAACACGCUAUUAGAAUUGAAAAAAUUAUUGGAAUCUAAAGAGUAUAAAAUUGUUAAAUCUGAGAAAGAAGUUUUCACAGAAACGGAGCUGGAUCAAUUGUUGGAUAGGAGUGACUUGCUGAGUAAUUCAUCAAAUUCAUAGAAGAUACAAAAAUCUUUACAAUUUAUAUAUAUAUAUAUAUAUAUAUAUAUAUAUAUAUAUAUAUAUAUAUGUAUAUAUAACAGAUAUAGAUAGAUCUUUACAAUAUAUAUACAUAUAACAGAUUAAGGGCGUUUUUUAAAGCUAGCUCAUUAUACACUGCCUUAAAAACACUAUUAUCUAUUUUUUAACAAAUCCAAUUUUAUAUAAUAAGCUGUUUAUUUAAUGUAUUUGUAAUAAAUCCGUUUUUUAUCCGACGUAAAUUUAGUUAUGCGCAGUAAUAUCAUAUUUUUUUCAGGGAAAAAGACACAAUUUUAAAAUAAUUUCAGAUGUAACAUUCCUUAUACGUACUUAUAAUAAGACGUAUGUAUAUAAGAAUUUAUAUUUAAAAAUUACAGAUUAUGAUUUACUCGAUUUCAAACGCGUUUUGCCGGUUAAAGGAUUCUUAUAUUUUGAAGAUAGUGCUAACUGUUCGCGAAAUUCAGCUUCUAGUUUUACAUAUGUUCCACCUGCAUCAAGUACAAAAUAUUAUUUAAUUUCUCUUAUAUAUAUAUAUAAUUAAUGCUCGACGAUUUUAACGAUGUACUGUUCGUUUGGAUUAAUGACGCUAUAUUCUAUAAAGUAAAAGUACCGAUUGCCGGAACACCCCCUAUAUCCGGACACAUACGGAAACUCAUUAUUGUUAGUUUCAAAUGUCUCUAUUUCCAUUUGUAUUGCAAUAUUAACUUUUUAAUUUUUACUGUUAUUUAUAUCAAUUCACAUAUGUUUUCACGUGCAAUUUUGUUAUAACACGCGUGCGUUUUGUCACAAUAAUCAUAUGUUAUAACAAAAUCAGCCUGUGUAACGUAAUUUGUUACGAUCUGAUUAAAUUUAAUUGCAAGUUAAAAGAUUACAGAAAGUUUUACAUCUAAUAUGUAGUUCUUAUAAAAUGCUUAUAAAUAAAUUAGAAUGAUCACAGAAUCGUUAUAAAUAGUGAAUAAAUCUAUUUUAGUGGAUAAUUCUACGAUAAUAAUUUGUACGAUGAUUAUGUCCAGAUAUUGGGUCAGAAAAAUUGAGCAAUUAGGAUAAGCAACUUUGUGUUUAUAUUACUGUUCUUAUUUAUAAUUAAAAUAUUUGUAUUAUUUAUGAAAUAAAAUGUAGACACUGUGUAUCUUUUACGUGA